GAAAACAAAGGCUUGCAUAGUAUUUUGUUUUAGAAUAUUAACAAUCACUUUUUGUAGAUAUUCCAGUUCUGCGUAAUUCUUAUCUGUAGCUACUUGUUGGCUGUUCAUAAUUUCCUCUAGAAGCAAAAUGGAACCUUUCUUUCUGAGUGUACGAGCGAACAGAGAGUAGCGCGGUCGUGAUAAGGAGCCAAGUACAAGUACCAUUGAAACCCAAUAUCAAUGCGAAUCGAGACAGCGAACCACUGGGAACCUUCGACGGUGGGCCGUCUCUCGGAUUCAGUUUGUUUGGGUUCGCGAUCGAAGACCGUAGGCCGCAGACCGUAGACCGUAGACACUCCAGCGGGCCAGAAACCGAGGGCCAUUCGCAACCUAAGUCGUAUUAGCAGUUGCAGCUGCAGUCGCAGUUGCAGUCGCAGUCGCAGUUGCCGUCGCAGUCGCAGUCGCAGUGCAGUCACCGCCAGCGAGCUAGUCACAUUCGCCGACGAUCGGAUCCAAACAAAGCGUCAGAGCGGCCCAGAGCCCCACAGACAUCGAAACGGAGUGCGGAAAAGCGGUUCGCUGGUUCGCUGGGCCGCUGCCAUUGGUUCACGGGCUGACGGCCAACUGAGUGACGGCUGUUGGCCAAAGCUCGCCAAUUUUCCGCGAGGAAAAUCGCCUUUGAACCCGCGAUACUUUCGAGAGCCGAGCUCACCAAUUCGCGGUAAUAGCGCUCGCCGGCGAGUAAGUGCGCAGUUUGUGUGACAGCCGAAAAGUGGCUGGAGUGAAUGAACGGAACGACUGGCCACAGACGUUGGGCGUGAAAUCAGAAACAAAUGUGCUGUCGCCAAAGCCAGUGCCAAGAGUGCCAAGAGUCGGGCGAUUGGCCCGAACCCACGCGAUAAGAACGCUGUUGAAAUACGAGACCGAGUCGCAAUCGAACAGGGAUCGAAUAGGAAAUUAGAAAGGCCUCUCAGAACAUGCACACCUUCAAGAGGGGCUUCUUCUGCGCGGACCUGAGCAUCCGGUACCCCUACAGGGAGUGCACCAUCACGGUGCCGAUGCUCCUGGUGAUGAUGCUCCUGCUGCCGAUGCUCUUCGUCGCCGUGGUGGAGAUCAUGCGCAUCUGCAAGCGCUUCCGCACGCGGCUCUACCUGCGCAACCUGUGGCGCGCGGAGGCCACCUUCAGCUUCGGCUUCAUCGCCACCUACCUGACCACGGAGCUGGCCAAGCACGCGGUGGGUCGCCUGCGGCCGCACUUCUUCCACGGCUGCCAGCCGCGCCUCGACGACGGCAGCAGCUGCGCGGACCCCCAGAACGCCGAGCUGUACGUGGAGCAGUUCCACUGCACCAACCACGACCUCUCCCGCCAGAUCCGCGAGCUGCACGUCAGCUUCCCGAGCGGCCACAGCAGCCUCAGCUUCUACUCGAUGCUCCUCCUCGCCCUCUACGUCCACGGGGUGUGGCGCGGGCGGGGCGGGGUGCAGGUGCUGCGGCACGUCCUCCAGCUGCUGCUCCUCAUGGCCGCGCUCUGCGUCUCGCUGAGCCGCGUCGCCGACUACUGGCACCACUGGACCGACGUCCUGGCCGGCGCCCUCCUGGGAGCCACCUACGCCGCCCUCACCGCCGCCUACGUGGGCGACCUCCUGCGCCGCCGGCCACGCCCCCCCGGCAGCCUUCCGCCCCCGCUGAGCUACAGCCACCACCUGCACCACCACCACCAGCUGAUGGCCGACAACAACAACUCGGCGGCCUCCGCUAAGGUCCACUUCCUGGCGGCGGCGGCCUCCGCCUCGAUGACCACCUCCACUCCGCUGGACGACAUUCAGGACUCGGAGGAGGAGGAGGACUCCCGGGACUCAAGGGACUCCAGGGACUCCAGGGACUCGGAAGACUCGCAGGACUCCCAGGAGGAGGACGAGGACUACAAGCCACCAGCUGAGCGACCCCCCUCCCCGCCCCGCGAUCUGACCCACGUCGUCUAAGACACCAGGCUGGAAAAAGUGGCGCGCGAGGGAAUAAUCUGGCUUAUCGGCCUGCCGGCUGCUAUUUCGACUAUUUUUCCGUUUAGAAACCGAAGCAAAUAGUAAUAUGUGAUAAGCGCGCGGCGCACUCUCUACCUGAUAUGCCACUGGCCACCUCCACACCUCCUCCAGACCUCCUCCUCCUCCUCCUGCCUUAUAAGCGAUCGGUUGUGCAACUCCGGCGGCGAUCCGGGAAAUCGAUUCGGCCUUCGAGUGCCUGAAUUCGAGUCGCAAGAAUUCGGUGGCGCGUUUCGCCAAAACUAUCUGCCGCCGCGAUAGUGCAAGAGCCGGAUCGAGCCGCUAUAUCUGGACGGUGGACGGUGGAUGGUGGUCGGUGGCUACUGCCUGCAUCCCCCGCAUUCCCGCGCCGCAGAAGCUGCGACUCGUUUGUUUGUAAACAAUGCCGCAGUCACGUCGCAGUCGCCGUCGCCGCGUUUGAAGUGGGCAGCCCGCCAACGUGGAUCGGCGACGGCAAUCAGCUGCGACAAUCUCCGGCAGCGACGCCGACUGCAGCGCCUUCUGGCCGAUAAGGCAUUAUAAAUAAUGCCGGGCUCACAGCUCGCAGCUCGCAGAUCGGAGCUUCGGAAACUCGCACGAGGAUGGAUGCGAGGCGCGAGAUUUAUGAACAAAUCAAUUAAGUCGAGUCCAGUUUUAUUAUUUGUUUUAUGUUAAUUAUGUUUGGCUCUCGACAGAUUUUAAGGCCUAAUCUAAGUGUUUGCUGCACAGGCUGAAUAAAUAUUUAUUGCCCAAGUGA